GAAGGUAGGUAUAUAAUGGUUGAUCAACUUGUUCAUCUGUUGCGUAUAAAUCUCAGCCGCAACUAAAAACAAUCGUCAUUAAAACGAGAGUGAAUGAUAUACAAUGGCAUUAAUGAGAUGCAUUUUCGUUUUGUUGUUGAUGGAGUCUUUAUCAUCUUGUGAUUGUUCUGAUUCAGAGCGACCUGAUAAUGGAAGGAAUUCGUCAACAUCAGUUUCUAACUCCCUUGAUAAUUUUCCAGAGAAUGAAUAUUCUUCAAGCUCCUGGUCGGUUUCUUACGGUUCAAAUGAAAUCACAUCCGUCAUUUGUCCUGUUGAUUCUGACAAGUGCGUUAUUUUCACUUAUUACAUAGAGGAAUGUGAUAUAAAUCAAGUAAUGUUCGGACCCACUUCGAUGUGUACCUGUUCUGCAAGCUGUAUUUUCUUCGACGACUGUUGUCAUGGAUACCCAAACAACACCAGAGAGCCUUACGCCGUGAUUAUUGAGCGCCAGUAUUGGAGUUGUACCCGAUUUGCAAUUGGUCUGGCACAUAACACUUCUUGUAACUACACUUACUUUGUUGUGAAUAGAUGUCCAAACUCAGAUGCGACUGACCCCCAGUUGAAACAAAGAUGUGAGAACCCCAGAGCAAAUGAUACAGUCUUUGUUGAUUCGCAGACUAUCUUCUAUCGCAACAGGUAUUGCGCUCUCUGCCAUGGCGUCAACUCGUCCGAACUUACCCCUUAUAUAAUAUUCUAUCCGUGUCAGGACAAUCUACCAAAUGAGGACACGUUUUGUGGACAGAUCCCCUAUAAGCUCGACGGAGUGAUGGAGUGGCGGAGGCCGCGUCUGUGUAUUGAGGAUUCAGACAUCAUAUCACAAUGCGAUUCAAAAAUAGGAAACCAAAGCUUACAUUCACUUUGUUUGAGCGAAAGCGAACGAAGAGUGUGGGUCGCUAAGGUCGAUGGAAUCAACUUUUCCGACGGUAAUAUUUAUAGGAACGUUUACUGUGCAAUGUGCAAUGGGUUAGAUGGGGAAAAGGUCAUCAAUAAAACUAAAUCAUGCGACACGCACAAAACCGUAGAUAAACUUUAUAAAAUUUCCUACUAUUAUCCGGAGCUGCAAUGUAGCAAUGGCCUCCAGUUAUCAGGAACAGAAUGCGUCCCGGAAGUAAGCUCUUGGCCAGACUGUGAGACCAGCAACUUCAUCUUUGCGGUUGUCUCUAAUGGGUCUUCGCAGUGCUACAAAGGCUUCGACGGUUUCAAAGAAAUGAGCAAUGAUUGGAGUUUGGACGAACCCGAAAUAUCGAACUAUGAUUUCGUGUACGACCUCAAUGGUGCGAUGUCGUUCACCACAUUCUUAGAGUUUCCAGCUGAUUUCCUACCACACCAAAGCAAAAUUAAGGAAUUGGUUGGAAAUAGCUUUGAGCAAGUACAUGAUACGAGUUGUCCCGAUAACACGAUCAUCAUCCGGGAAAGAUGCAACAUUGUCUCUGGGCAAUGGGUGGAUUUUAUUGGAAAUCUAUCAGACAUCACAGACGACCCGCGACUUUUUGAACCAGUGGAAAUCAACGGCACACUUUACAUCGUGUAUGAUGAGACUACUUUCAUUCGACCGGUUUUGUGGGAAAAUUACACUUAUUUUACACGUUUCUCAGAUGAGUGGAAUUUCACCAGACAGCUUUCAUUCUCGCUGUAUGGACAUUUCGUUGACGUACAAACUUGUGCGUCUAUCGUUGUCGGAGAUUCUUUUAUCACCGAAAAUAAAAUAGACAAUGUUACUGUGUUGAUAUACCAAGGCAUCGAGUUUUAUCCGGAUAAGUACACCCGUUACAAGAAUGGAUCUGUCCGUCUCUGCUGGACCAGUUCCGAUCCUCCAGAACCUGUCAGCAUGUUCAAUUUCUCCAGAGGACAGUAUCUUCUGAACGUCAUCCUCCUUGUAGUGUCCACCAUCUGUCUCUUGGUGGCUUUGAUCACAUACUGUAUCUUCAAGCCUCUUCGGAACCUUCAAGGCAUAUCUACUAUGAACUUCAUCACUGCUCUCUUUAUUGCACAGGUAAUGCUCCAAUAUAUUGCUCCAAACAUGACAUCAUUCCCGAUCCUGUGUACGAUUGCUGCAGUUGUCACUCAUUAUUCCCUCCUUGCCGCCUUCACUUGGACAAACAUCUUGGCAUGGGAUCUUGUCCGUCACUUUGCAUCUUCGUCCUUUUUACCAAAGAGACAUAGUGAGACAAGACGACUGAUCGUCUACCAUACCAUUGGUUGGUGUGUUCCUCUCAUUAUCAUCGUUCCCUGUCUCAUCGUCCAAAGUCAGAACCCAUCACUACAUCGAUAUGGCAAGAUCGGAUCAUCUUGCUGGAUCUACCAGGCAAUGGGUAUCGUUGUGACAUUCCUGGUACCUAUUGCUAUCAGCUUCCUCGUCAAUAUUGUUCUCUUCUUGUUGACUACCUACGGUGUUCACAAGAGCAAACGUGAUUCUAGAAUUCUCCGUGAAGGUGCAAAGGAACGACGAAAGGAACUCUUUCAAGAACUCCUGGUUCACUUCAAGAUAUCUUGUCUGCUUGGCUUUGGAUGGUCCUUUGGUUUCAUCGCUUCAUUCACCAAUUCUGCUACUGUUUGGACCAUCUUCAUCCUGACUAGCUCUCUCCAAGGGAUAUUUGUUUUCAUCUUCUUCGGCGCUAAUCAACGAGUAAGGGAUCUCUGGCGAAACAAGGUUUGCGGAUCGGCAGCACAAACAGGAACUUCAACUAUGGCAUUAACAUCUUCUACAAGUGUGGGAUCAAAGACAAAGAGUAAUGGGAGUAAUACAGAAACUACGACCUCCUGUUCGACUACGGGUGUGUAAGACUUCUUCGGCAUGUCAGCUACGAUAUUUUGAAUGACCCCGCUCCAUAGUUGCUGGAGGCAUAAGGCAUUUUUGCAAUCACAACACAGACGCUUUCUGUGACGCAGGAAAAUAAUGUUUUACCAACAGCUCUUCAAUGACGAAACGGUCUUUGCCAAAUUUCAGUGAAUCAAAACAGCGGUGGCGAUCAGACUCGCUCUGGACUAUGGACAAACGAACGACAUAUUUGCAAUUUUCGUCUGGUCCGAAUCUUCGGACGAUGUGCUGUCCCGGUCCACCAAGGCUUUUUACAAAAAUCUCCCGGCUGUCCAUUACGUGAUUUGACUUGCAUUUUCAAAGAAAUUGGUGCGUUGCAGAAAGCGUCUGCGUUGUGAU